AUGGAAUCCGAAUCACCAUUUCCAAAUUCCACCGAAGAGAUCGUCGCUUCUGCUCUUCUCCUUCUAUCCUCGUCUCCAUGCAGCGAGGGAACCACAUGUACGUGCCAUUCUGAUUGUUCUGAGAGUUUGUUGGUGUGUAAAUCGUGUUCGAGGUCGUCUGCUUCGUCUACUGUGAGUAGCGAUGAUGCAUCAUCGGAUGAGGCUCAUGGACCCGGUCUUCGUAUGGUUGCUAGCGCUAUUGCUCAUUCUGAACACGAGAUGAAGUUUAAGGUGGUGAGAAAGAGCAGAUCUAAGACGUUAUGGAUUUCCGAUUGCCGGAAAAACUCUAGCCUCGAACAGAAAUCUUUUGUUGUGUCCGGUAGCUCGUCGGAGACGACAGAAGGCUCGUCGUGUUUAUCAGGUGGCUCCAGCAGCUUGGUUUCCAGCUCAGAAAGCUGGAAGUCGAAGACAAAGGGAGAGAAGCCGUUGGCUCCGGUUAGCUCCUCUCAUCUAAUCCGCCGGUCUGAAGCCAUAUUGGAAGUGCUUGCUCACAAUGGAUCCGCUUCGGAAGUCCGCAUACGUCAGUUGCUCGGCGACAGCCCCGACACCAGCAAAGCCUUGCGCAUGUUGCUGAAAAAAGAGGAGGUGAGAAGGUCAGGAGCUGGAGGGAGAACUGAUCCAUUCAUUUAUCAGAUAGUUGCAGGAUAA